AUGGACGGAAAUUGGGUCAAAGCUCUGCGCGAGUCCGGCAGGUCAGGGAAGAAAUGCUUGGAGCUCGAGCGAGAAAAGUCCAACGUCGAUGUCGACAAAUUGGCUUCUUUCAUGUUCACCAAUGAAGCUAUGGAGAGAAAUGAAAGGCUGUUAGACGUCCUGAAGGCCGACCCGGUGUUCGAUAAAACACAGAAUUACUUUCGUGGACGCGAAGCCCGGAUCGAGGCUUCUCUUGCUCGCGGCAAGAGACUGAGGCAGCUGCAAGUCAAGCACAAUUGGUCCAAGGAAGAAUACAACACAGCCAACGAACUCAUUAGUGAACCCACUCCAUACGGACUACACGCGUCUAUGUUCCUUAUCACUCUGCGAGAGCAAGGUACUCCUGAACAACACGAGAGGUUUUUGAAGAAAGCUGAGGCUUAUGAGUACAUCGGCUGCUAUGCUCAGACCGAGCUGGGUCACGGUUCCAACGUAAGAGGCCUGGAGACCACUGCAACAUGGAAUCCAGAUGACAAGACUUUCAUACUGCAUUCGCCCCAUCUAACCUCCUCCAAGUGGUGGAUCGGGUCUCUUGGCAAGGUCGCCAACCAUGCUGUUGUCAUGGCACAGCUCAUCAUCGGAGGCAAGCCAUAUGGUCCUCACCCCUUCGUCGUUCAGAUCAGAGACCUCAAAACUCAUGAGCCACUUGAAAAUAUACAUGUUGGCGAUAUUGGUCCUAAAUUCGGCUACAAUACAAUGGACAAUGGUUUCCUGUUGUUCAACAAGGUAAAGAUCCCACAUGCGAAUAUGCUCGCCCGAUUUUCAGGUGUUGAUCCGAACUCCAACAAGUACGUCCGACCUUCGAACCCAUCUCUCGUCUAUGGCACUCUUACCUGGGUCCGCUCGAAUAUUGUUCUCCAGUCUGGCUCCGUCCUUGCUCGUGGUGUCACCAUCGCUGUGAGAUACUGUUCCGUCCGUCGUCAAUUCACUGACCGCGAUGCGCCUGAAGAUGAGGUUCGAGAAAACCAAGUGAUCAACUACACUAUGGUCCAGCAGCGGCUAUUCCCACUUCUUGCCGCUUGUUUUGCUUUGCACUUCACUGGUCGAGGUAUGAUUGAGCUAUACGAUGCCAACCAGGCAGCCAUGAAGAGGAAGGAGAAUCCUGGCAAAGUCUCCGAGGACAGCAACCAGACAGGACGAAGUGCUGGUCCAGAAGAGCUCAACCCUGGCGCGGACCUGCUUGCGGAUCUACAUUCCACGUCUUGUGCCUUGAAAUCCUACGCCUCAACUGUUGCAGGUGAAGGUCUUGAAGUCUGCCGUCGUGCCUGUGGAGGCCACGGCUAUUCGUCCUUCUCGGGUAUCGGCUCUUGGUAUGCUGACUACCUGCCAACCUUGACAUGGGAGGGUGACAACUACAUGCUCACCCAACAGGUCUCUCGCUACUUGCUCAAGUCAGCCAGAGCAGUCCUCAAGAACGCAAGCAAGGCCGGCAACUUCAACGCCGUCAAAGGCGAUAACGACACAACAGCAAUCCUCAAGACAUACAAACGCCGCAUGGACAUCGGCGCAGGCUUUGACGUGCUCGGUAACGACGAAGACCUCGUUGCAGCUUACGCCUGGCGUGUCGGCUACCUCACCUUCCAAGCCCUACAACAUCGAGACGAAGAGAAGAGAUCCUGGAACUCUCUCCUCGUCGACUUCUUCCGUCUCUCCACAGCUCACGCUCAAUACAUGGUUGUGAAGAACUUUCACGGCGCACUAGCCUCAUCAUCUCUCCAGUCGUCCCUCCCUACCGCGACCAAGGACGUUCUGCACAGCCUCUUCCGCCUCUAUGCCCUCCACACUCUCGAGAAAGAAAGUAGUGAGUUCUUUCAGAGCGCUGCCUGCACAAUCCGUCAGAUCCAGCUUGCUCGUACCAAGACUGUGCCUCAGUUGAUGACUGAUAUCCGACCGCAUGCUGUACGAUUGGUCGACAGCUGGAAAUUCUCGGACUGGUUGCUCGAUAGUAGCUUGGGAAGAUAUGAUGGUGCUGUGUAUGAGGAUAUGUUCAAGAGGGCGAGUGAGGAUAACCCGCUGAACAAGGUCGUGUUCGAUCCAUACCCUGAUAGUGGUGUGCUGUUCAAGAAGGACGAGAGGAGUAGCAUGAAGAGUAAGUUGUAG